AUGAAUAAGGUCCCAGUUCGAGUGGAUGGGAGAUUUAGGUUGGGAGAUGUUUUAGGAUCUGGCUCGUAUGCCGUUGUAUAUUCCGCAUGGAACAUCAUAAAUGAUGAUCGUGUUGCCCUCAAACUUGAAACUAUUGUCAACCACCCAUCUUCUGUAGAGCGUGAAUAUCAUAUUUUGAAGCAACUUGAAGGCGGAAUUGGCAUCCCCCACACCCUCUGGUUUGGCAGAGAGUCAGUGUAUCAUGCUCUUGUUCUUGAACUUCUUGGGCCAUCGCUCCACCAACUCUUCCUCACAAACGAUCGAAAAUUCAGCCUUCUCCAUGUCGUGAACAUAGGGGAUCAGUUGCUCUCACGUCUUGAGUACAUCCACUCGCAUAACUAUGUUCAUGGCAACAUAAAACCGCAGAACAUCUUGAUGGGUCUUGGAAAUUUGAGGCACACUGCCUUCAUCAUCGAUUUUGGUAUCACGAAGACAUACUGGAACGCCACAACUGGUGACCAUGUACCAUUUCGCCAUGGUCGAAGUCUCUCUGGCACUCCUGCGUUCGCCUCUAUUGACAAUCACUUAGGAGUUGAGCCAGGUCGUCGUGACGACCUUGAGUCACUUACUUAUAUGUUAAUCUAUUUCUUGUGUGGCUCCCUUCCAUGGUUAACCAGUGACGAUGAGAAGUUGUCUGGUUCUACCAUACUCGAAUGGAAAGCAUGUGCCACCAUUGCGGAUAUAUGUCAAGACAUCCCCGUUGAGUUUGCAACUAUCCUAAUUUACACACGCUGUCUUACUAGGAUGUGA